AUGCAGAAAAAUACGAGGAGAAAAAAGAAGCAUAGAGAAUACAUGAAAGCUGCUAGAAGACCAAUUGCAGAACUGACUGAAAAAGAAAAGGAAAAAAAGCGACGAGAAUGGAGACUUGCCAAAAAAAAACAAAAAGAAGGUGGUGUAACAAAACCAAAGAACAACAAGUGUUGUGCGUUAAAUGCACGAUUAUGUGAAAAAUUGAAGAAGCGAAUAACAGAUCAAAAGAAAGUUAUAGAUAAUAUAUUGCUGAAGAAACAUGCUUUACAAAAAAACCUAUAUAGACAUAAAAUUAAAAUUGAAGAGCUGCGCAAAUUGAUCUCAAAUUCAGAACGAACGGAAAACAAAUAUUUAAUAAACUCAUCAGAAAGUAAAACCAACAGUGAAUUUGUACCUACAGACAUUAAUGCACCAACUACCUCAUCCGGACUGACCACAACUGACAAAUCUGAAAAUGAAGAUUUACGUGAAAAAACUCCCAUGUCUAAAACAUUAUCCUUUAUAAAUGAAAAUAUUCCAUCCAUAUCCACUCCUGAAAAAAAUAAAGUUAAAAAACAGAUCCUGCAGCUGAAUGUGAUCAGUGCUUCGUUACAGACAGCAUAUGAAAAACAUGACAAUAAAUCAAAACAGAUCCUAAAAGACAUUGUUUCAUCCGAAGCAAUAGAAAAAUAUAAUCUGAAAACUGAUAUUUCGAAAUCAUUGGGACUGAAAGGGAGAAACCAGAUACCGAAUGACUUGGAUCCAGUACCACUUACUACACGAUUACAUCAAAUUACUUACCAUGUUCCAUCAACAACACUAAGGUACCGCAAUGUCAGUUGUUUCUGUAAGUCAUCUUUGCCAAGAGGGAUUUGCGAAUGCUACAACGCGAAAACUCACGUCCUGAAAAAAACUAUAGUCCACAAGAUAAAUUGUUCAACCAAUGUUAGUAAAAGGAUGCGCAACAAUGAGGAAGCGGGGCAAUUGAAUGAAUGCGGAGCAGUGCUGCCAGAAAUUCCCGUGGUUUCACAUCGAAUAUCAACCAAUGACAUUGACGUUAUACAUGACGAAGGUGGAAUUUUUCAAUCGAAAACAAAAGCAAGUAGUUGCAUCAUUCGGGAAACUGCUGGAACAAAAAUUGUAUUGAUGGCAAAAAAUCAGAAUUCACUUAAUAUUAACACUAACGUCUUGACGAAUGUAAAACAAAAACCCAAGAUUAUAUCGCAAGUUAUAAUUCCGCCCUCAAAAUGUACCCCAAAAAUUGUUACCAAUAAUGAAAAUAAAGAAAACUUAUCAUCACUUAACACUAAAAACUAUGACCGGCUUAAACGAAAAACGAGAAAAGAGAUUAAAAGAAAAGAUAAGAAGUUAAAAAGAAAAAAAGAAGAAGAUGAAUCAAGCAAUAGUGACAUCGCUAUGAGUGUCCACAGUGAUUCAGACAUUUGCGACGUUGCUUCUGAAUCAGAUAGCCUGGAUAUGCAAGAUACAGAUUUUAAUAUUAAUAAAUCAAAAUCUAAAGGCUGCAAAAAAAAUGUAAAAGUUAAAAUUGAAAAGACUAAAACUUGCCUUAUCCCAGAUACUAUGUUGCAUCAGCCCUCUUCAAGUUCCAACUUAGAAAUUGUUCCCAUUGAUAUAAAAAAAUACGAUUAUGUAUUGGUAAGACACUUUUUAAAAAAAAGAGUGGAAUAUUUUGUAGGCACAGUUUUGGAAAAACCUUUCAAUGACAAGGUAAAAAUAUCUUUUUUAAGAAAAGUUGGCAAACAUGACAAUACAAAAUUUAUUAAGACAAAGUCAAUGGAAGUGGAGCUAAUAGAUUGUAAGAAUAUUGUAAAGACUGUAGAAUUAAUGUCGAUCAAUGAAAAUGAGACUGAUUUUGUAUUUCUUGACGACGAUGAUUAUAUAUAUUUUGAUUAA